UGGAGAGCGACCAAGUCCCGGGGAAGUCACUCACGGAGUCACCGUGAAAAACAUCAACAAUCGCCGCAAAAUGCCGAAUAAAACUAAAAAAGAGAAGGAACCAACAAAAUCUGCUAAAAGCAGCUCAAAAAACAGCAACGUUAGCGGUGGAAAGGACGCCGCAACUGAAAAUUCAGAUGAGGCCCAGCAGCAGCAGACCGCCAGCAAGCGCCCCAGCAACAGCACCCCCCCUCCCACCCAGCUCAACAAAAUCAAGUACUCCGGGGGUCCGCAGAUCGUCAAGAAGGAGCGUCGGCAGAGCUCCUCGCGGUUUAACCUCAGCAAGAACCGGGAGCUGCAGAAACUCCCCGCCCUCAAAGAUGCGCCGCCUAUCGACAGGGAGGAGCUGUUCGUGCAGAAGCUGCGGCAGUGCUGCGUGCUGUUCGACUUCGUCACCGACCCGCUCAGCGACCUCAAGUACAAGGAGGUGAAGCGGGCCGGCCUCAACGAGAUGGUGGAAUACAUCACGCACAACCGCGACGUCGUCACAGAGUCCAUCUACCCGGAGGCGGUCAUCAUGUUUUCAGUGAACCUCUUUCGGACCCUGCCUCCAUCCUCAAACCCAACGGGGGCAGAGUUCGACCCCGAAGAGGACGAGCCCACCCUCGAAGCAGCCUGGCCGCACCUGCAGCUGGUGUACGAGUUCUUCUUACGAUUCCUGGAGUCUCCUGAUUUCCAGCCCAACGUCGCCAAAAAAUACAUUGACCAAAAGUUUGUAUUAUCCCUCCUGGAGCUGUUCGACAGCGAGGACCCCAGGGAACGGGACUUCCUCAAGACAAUCCUGCACAGGAUCUACGGAAAGUUCCUGGGCCUGCGAGCCUACAUCAGGCGGCAGAUCAACAACAUCUUCUACAGGUUUAUAUAUGAAACGGAGCAUCAUAAUGGAAUUGCAGAGCUUUUAGAAAUCUUAGGAAGCAUAAUCAAUGGCUUCGCGCUGCCGCUGAAGGAAGAGCACAAGAUGUUCCUGAUCCGAGUGCUGCUCCCGCUGCACAAAGUCAAGUCCCUGAGCGUGUACCACCCACAGCUGGCCUACUGCGUGGUGCAGUUCUUGGAAAAAGACAGCAGCCUAACUGAGCCUGUCAUCAUGGGCCUGCUGAAGUUCUGGCCCAAGACCCACAGCCCCAAAGAGGUGAUGUUCCUCAACGAGCUGGAGGAGAUCCUGGACGUCAUCGAGCCCUCCGAGUUCGUCAAGGUCAUGGAGCCGCUCUUCCGGCAGCUGGCCAAGUGCGUGUCGAGCCCACACUUCCAGGUGGCCGAGAGGGCGCUGUAUUACUGGAACAACGAGUACAUCAUGAGCCUCAUCAGCGACAACGCCGCCCGCAUCCUCCCCAUCAUGUUCCCCGCCCUCUACAAGAACUCCAAGAGCCACUGGAACAAGACAAUACACGGGCUGAUCUACAACGCUCUCAAGCUCUUCAUGGAGAUGAACCAGAAGCUGUUUGACGACUGCACCCAGCAGUACAAGGCCGAGAAGCAGAAAGAGAAGUACAAGCUGAAGGAACGGGAGGAGAUUUGGCACAAGAUUGAGGAGCUGGCGAAGCAGAACCCCCAGAAUGCCAAGGUCCAGCCUGGACUUCACCCACAGGAAGAGUUGAUGGUGUACAAUGAGAGCUCGGCUGGGAUGCCCCUGUACUCCAUGGAAACGGAGACGCCCACCGCUGAAGACAUCCAGCUGCUGAAGAAGACGGUGGAGACGGAAGCCACCCAGGGCACGAAGGAGCUGAAGAAGGACAAGGUGCUGAUGAGGAGGAAGUCGGAGCUGCCGCAGGACGUGUACACCAUCAAAGCCCUGGAGGCCCACAAGCGGGCGGAGGAGUACCUGACGGCCAAUCAGGAAGCACUCUGACCGGAGAGCCCGGCUCACCCGCCUCUUUCCGUCCUAAAGUUGCCUGCUGUACUCCCCCACCCAACUCCUCGUGUCACCGCCCCCCGCCCCCUCCCGUCGGAGAGCCCAAUCUGCAUAGACCUUUACCGUCACUGAGAUCAGCCGGGACACUACCGCGUAGACACACACACACACACACACACGCAAACACACUCACGCAAACAUACACGCUCAUUAACACACACACACACACACACACACACAUGCAAACAUACACACGCAAACAUACACGCUCAUUAACACACACACACACACAUGCAAACAUACACACGCAAACAUACACGCUCAUUAACACACACACAUGCAAACAUACACGCUCAUUAACACACGCACACACACAUGCGCAAACAUACACGCUCAUUAACACACACUCACGCAAACAUACACGCUCAUUAACACACACACGCAAACAUACACGCUCAUUAACACACACACAUGCAAACAUACACGCUCAUUAACACACACACACACACACAUGCGCAAACAUACACGCUCAUUAACACACACACAUGCAAACAUACACGCUCAUUAACACACACACGCAAACAUACACGCUCAUUAA